AGCUGAUUAGUGCCGACGACGCGGUAUAGCGUGUUUUUAAAAUUUUAGCAUUUAAAAUGAGUACUAAUAAAUCAGAAGAAGCUAUUAAAGAAAAGAUAUUGAAUGCGGCUAAGAAAAAUCCUAAAGGUAUAUCAGAUAAAGACAUUAAAGCCGCCGUGCCGGAGCUGUCCUCUGGGGAACUAGUAGCCGCUAUCAACUCACUAUUGCAGCAAGGCUGUUUUGAUUUAUUCAAUCAAUGCGGAUCUCUUAUUUAUAGGUUAAAAGCUCAAACUAGUAAAACAGCCGUCAAAGGUGCAGACAAUGAGGAGAAAGUAGUUUAUAACCUGAUAGAAGAAGCUGGUAAUAAGGGAAUAUGGAUUCGUGACAUCAGAGUUCGUUCUAACCUCGCCAAUACACAGCUCACUAAAGUACUGAAGAGUCUGGAGAGCAAAAAAGUUAUUAAGGCAGUGAAAUGUGUCAACGCUUCAAAAAAGAAAGUGUACAUGUUGUAUAAUUUAGAACCAGAUCGGUCUAUAUCAGGAGGAGCAUGGUAUCAGGAUCAAGAUUUUGAGUCAGAAUUUGUGGAUAUAUUGAAUCGCCAGUGCCUUAGAUUUUUGCAGCAAAGAGCUGACAAAAUCAAGAACAAUGUUCGAGGGCCCAUUGUUGGCAGAACUCAGUCUUACGCUACUGGUGCAGAAGUCCACAAAUACAUAACUGACUUAGGAAUUAGUAAUGUUACCCUAGAUGUUGAAGAUGUGGUCACAAUUUUGAACACACUAGUAUAUGAUGGAAAGGCAGAAAGCAGUGUGUACCCGGACGGCAGCAAGGUGUUUCGUGCCAUUGAAUCCCUCCUACCUCCCCCGGGGCUGGUGCAAGUGCCCUGUGGAGUGUGCCCUCUCAUACACAAGUGCUAUUCCAAAGGACUUAUCACUCCACAGGACUGUACUUAUAUGAAUGAAUGGCUAGAAUAAUAAAUAUAUAAGAAUAAUAUAUAU